CCUGCUCCUUCCCUGACUCACACAGCCUAGAACCCCCCCCCUUUUCACGCCUAGAACCCCCUCUUUAUUUCCCAAUCUAUGUUUGAAAAAGCAGGCAGGAUGGAGGUGAGGGGCUCUCUAGACACAGAGGAGGGGAGCAGACUCUCCAAAACUGGGCUCAAGGAGCCAAAAGACGGCAGAGACACCCCAGGGAACCUCCCUGCCCCCUAUCUGAAGGAACAGCAGGGCAGUUACCCGGCUCCGGGCUCAUCAGAGGGCUGCCCGAAAAAUAAAAGCAGCGGUACCGGUGACCCGGAAUACUGCAGGAGGAUCCUGGUGAGAGAUGCCAAAGGCUCCAUCCGGGAGAUCAUUCUGCCCAAGGGCCUGGACCUGGACCGACCCAAAAGAACCAGAACCUCGUUCACCGCCGAGCAGCUCUACCGCCUGGAGAUGGAGUUCCAGAGAUGUCAGUAUGUGGUGGGGAGAGAGAGGACGGAGCUGGCGAGACAACUCAACCUGUCGGAGACUCAGGUUAAGGUUUGGUUCCAGAACCGCCGGACCAAGCAGAAGAAAGACCAGGGCAGAGACUCGGAGCUCCGUCCAGGGGUCUCGGAGACGGCCGCCACCUGCAGUGUCCUCAGGCUUCUGGAGCAAGGUCGCCUCCUGUCCCCCCCUGGACUCCCUGGACUCCUGCCCCCCUGUGCUGCCCCCGGUACCCCAAGCCUGCCGGCCGCCAGCACCGCUUCCCCAUCCGGCCACAGCAUCUUCAGCCUACCGGUGCCGUCCCUCCUGGGCGCCCGGCUGUCCGCCAACCCCCUCAGCAUGGCCGGGAACCUCCAGGAGCUCUCCGCCAGGUACCUCAGCUCCUCCGCCUUCGAGCCCUACACCCGGGGCAGCUCCAAGGAGGACAAGAAAGCCCUGGACUGA